AUGACUUUUCCUCCUAAACAUGAGACACAUCAGUGUGGGGACAUGGAAGAUGACUGUGGCUGUAGAGGCAGCUCGCUCAUACUAGCAACUAUGGAGAGAAACAAGAGACUAAAGCUCGUCAUACUUAUCCUGACGAAGCUAUAUGACUUCAACCUGGGGAGCGUGACUGAGAGUUCACUUUGGAGAUCAACGGAUUAUGGCACCACCUAUGAAAAGCUGAAUGACAAAGUGGGUUUGAAGACUGUCCUCAGUUACCUCUAUGUUAAUCCUACCAACAAAAGGAAGAUCAUGCUUCUCAGUGAUCCUGAAAUGGAGAGCAGCAUAUUGAUCAGCUCAGAUGAAGGUGCAACCUAUCAAAAGUAUCGGCUCACCUUCUACAUCCAGAGCCUGCUCUUUCACCCCAAGCAAGAGGACUGGGUGCUGGCCUACAGUUUGGAUCAAAAG